CUUCCUCUGAAACACACAAAAGAAUCGUUAAAUACAAGAACAGAGGAAGAAGACGAAUAAACAGGUGCAAAAGCAGAGUUUACGAAAGUCCGUUUACUUAGUUAUUCCUUUUGAGGUAAAGAGUUAAGAAGAAGAGGAAGAAGAAGAUAUGUCUGCAAAACUUCUGUACAACUUGUCAGAUGAGAACCCAAAUCUGAAUAAACAGUUUGGAUGCAUGAAUGGGAUCUUUCAAGUGUUUCACCGGCAACAAUAUCCGGCGAGACUAGUCUCCAGCGAUGUAGAAAAGUCUCUGCCUACAGGAGAAACAAAGGAUAUUGUCGGUGAAAUUAACAUGGAAAUUGAUAAAGAAACGAGAAUAUUAUGGGAAUUGCAGGAGAAGAGUACCAAGAUGAAGAAGUCUGCAGUGAAGGAGAAGCAUAGAAUCUCUUCUGAAUCCUCUUCACGGCCUUCCUUUUCGUCUUCUCCACGCUCCUCAAGCUUCUCCUCUGCAGAAGUCAGUAGUAUCACGGCUUCUCAAUUCGACCAGCCUGGUGAGAAACAGAUCAGAGAACAGCCAAAUGCUGGACCAUUUGAUAUAAAGGAGCUUGUGAAAGGCUGUAUUAAUAGAGAGAGGAGAACCAGACGCGAAGAAACAGUAGCCUUCACUAAUCAGCAGCUUCUAAAAGAAUCAUCACUGCGUUGUAAUGAGUGGAAUGAAGGCAGAGGAAUGGCUGCAAAGUUUAAGGAAAGUAGUCACCGGCUUUCUUAUGACGAGAGGGAGAUGAGAAACAAGACGGGCUCGAAGUUGAAAGAGACACCUAGGCUGUCCUUGGACAGUAGAACAAGUCCUCCACCACAAGAUCCCGUAACAGUGGCGAGUCACAGGAGAUCGAGUUCGAGUGUUGUUGCUAAACUGAUGGGACUUGAAGUCAUCGCAGACAAUUUCGAAACCGAGCAGAGAAAAGGGAACCUGUUUUGCGACUCUCCAAGGCCACCGUCCCGAGUAGAACAACCAGCUCUACAGAGAUCCAGAAGCGUUGACUCGAUCAAGAAGAUACAACCUGCUUCUAAGUUUCCAAUGGAGCCAGCUCCAUGGAAGCAAAUGAAAGCAGGCUACGAAGCUGCUGCUGCUGCUGCACCGACGGUUUAUGGAGAGAUUCAGAAGAGGCUAACGCAGUUGGAGUUCAAAAAGGCGGGAAAAGAUCUCAGAGCUCUUAAGCAUAUACUUGAGGCUAUGGAGAAGACGCAGACAACUCACCAGCCAGUUCCAGCUGCAACAACAAGUCCAAGUCCAGCCAUGAAACAGAAGGCCGCCUUGCCAAAUGUCAAAGUUGGCAACACCAGACAAACUCAAAAAGCCGCCUCGGGGAAGCAGAACACGAUGGAUUUAACCCCAAGGCCAGGUCAACAAGAUUCGACUAAGAGCACUAGUCCAAAAACAUUAAGGUCGAGGCAAGCUUUGGUGGCGGAUUCUUGUUCAACGGCCAAGUCAGGUAGGAGCCAACAGAAAAGCGUUAGCCCAAGGUUUGAGAGGCAGUCGCGACCCACUACUCCAAAACCAGAGCCAUGCAAGAUCCAAAGGCAGCUAGGCAGAAAGCAGCAAACGGAGUCAGUCUCACCGAGAAGAAAACCUCGCUGUAGUUUUCUUCAGCAACCUGAUGACCGAUUAAGCAAUGCGAGCAGUGACUUGAGAAGUUCAAGAUCUGAUAGCAACAUAAGCUUGGGAUCGAACGUUACAAGCAAACUUAGGCUGGAGAGAAACUGUGACUUUGCCCCAGAACAAAGGCAGAAUCAAUCAGACUUUGGAACCAGACAAAACAGACCAGAUCUUAAACCUCUGAAAGUUACCGUUGAACAACCAAGCCCUGUUUCAGUUCUUGAUGCAGCCUUCGACGAGGACGACUCACCGUCCCCUGUGACUGUGAGGAAGAUAUCCCUUAGUUUUAAAGCUGAGGACGAUGCUCUACGUUCUGAAGAAUCUAUGUGGAUAAAUAAGCCUACCGGCGUCUGCAGAUCCAUACUAUUGCCUGAGAAUAAGGAUCCAACGCAUGAUCUCCUUGAAUGUUACCCUGAUGAAGAUUCAAACUUCAAAAGCGGCGAUCACAAGUACAUCUCGGAGAUAUUGUUGGCAUCAGGGCUUCUACGAGAUCUUGAAUACACCAAGAUAAUCAUCCAGCUGAACCAAGCACGUGUUCCUAUCAACCCUGGACUGUUCUUCUUCCUGGAACAGAACAAGGCCAGCGAUAUGACUCUACUAGACAACCGAGGCAGGGGAUUCAGACAACAGCAGACAAAUCUGACAGAGACAAUCAGGAGAAAACUCAUCUUUGAUACUGUUAAUGAAAUUCUAGCUCAGAGGUUCACUGCAGAAGGCUGUACCAAACCACGGUUUACAGCAAAUCCAGCUACAACAAUGGAGAAAAAAUUAGAAGCCGAGCAACUUCUGCAGACACUGUGUUCGGAGAUUGAUAGGUUACAAGAGAACAAAUCAAAGUGUAUCUUGGAGGAAGACAUCAUAUGGGAGGACCUGCAAUGUCAAGGCAUGAAUAUGAAGGGUGAGAAUCCAGGAAUAGUGUUAGAUAUUGAGAGAAUGAUUUUCAGAGACUUGGUUAGUGAAGUUUGCUUCUCUUAAUUCAAUGGGUAUCACUUAGAAUUGUAAAUGAAGAAAUCUAAUUAGAGGAAGAGAACCUUUGGUUUCUGUGUUUUCAUUGUCUGUUCUCUUCCUACUUGAUUGUGUAACAAGCAUAUAUAUAUAUAUAUAUAUACACAGGUCUACUUAAUAGAGCA